CUCCCUCCGUCGUCUCCGCACUCGCCAGCCGGAGCCCGCCGCCCGAGGACCUCCCGCCGCCGCCGCCGCCGCCAGCCACUGAGAUCAACCCGCAACCAGCGCUACGAUGGCAAACUAUGAAGAUAAUGUCGCCAUCAAAAACUUCAGGGAAUAUUUAAAAAUACCAAGUGUCCAGCCAAAUGUAAAUUAUGAUGCGUGCGUGUCGUUUCUGCGCGCGCAGGCGGCGGGACUGGGGCUGCCGGCGCGCGUGUACGAGCCGGUGCGCGGGAAGCCCAUCGUGGUGCUGACAUGGGCCGGCGUCCAGCCCGCGCUGCCCGCCGUGCUGCUCAACUCACACAUGGACGUCGUGCCCGUUUUCCAAAAUAGUUGGAAACACCCUCCAUUCAGCGCUCAUAUGGACGCCGACGGGAAGAUAUUCGCGAGAGGAUCUCAGGACAUGAAGUGCGUCGGCAUCCAGUACCUCGAGGCUAUCCGCCGGCUGCAGCAAGACGGUGUCCGCUUGAAGAGAACACUUCAUAUCUCUUUUGUGCCUGAUGAAGAAAUCGGAGGACACGAUGGUAUGGCCAAGUUUGUGCAUACAGAAGACUUCAAAUCUUUAAAUGUAGGAUUUGCUUUGGAUGAAGGAAUGGCCAAUCCUGGUGAAGAGUUUAUUUUGUUCUAUGGUGAAAGGAGCAUUUGGCAGCUGCACAUUCAUUGCACCGGCCAGCCCGGCCACGGCUCGCUGCUGUUAGACAACACAGCGGGUGAAAAGCUAAGAUACGUAAUAGACAAGUUUAUGGACCUGAGACAAAAAGAAAAAGACGUAUUGGAAAGUAAUCCAAAGUUGACUAUUGGGGAUGUAACUACUAUUAACCUUACGCAAGUAUAUGGUGGCGUACAGUCGAAUGUGGUCCCAGAAAAAUUGACUGCUGUAUUUGAUAUAAGGAUAGCUGUGACCGUGGACCACGUGGAGUUUGAAAAUAUGAUCAAACAAUGGCUGAAAGAGGCUGGGGACGGGGUUACGUAUGAGUUUGAGCAGCGAAACCCUUGCGUUCCAAAUACUAAAAUGGAUAACUCUAAUCCAUUUUGGAUGGCUUUCAAAUCUGCUGCUGACAAAAUGGGCCUGCAGCUGGACUGCCGCAUCUUCCCGGCCGCCACGGACAGCCGCUACGUGCGCAAGGUGGGCAUCCCCGCCUUCGGGUUCUCUCCCAUGAACAACACGCCGGUCCUGCUUCACGAUCACAACGAGUUUCUCAAAGCCGACAUAUUUUUGAAGGGAAUUGAUAUUUACAUAAACCUUUUGACUGCUGUUGCCAAUGUUUGAUAUUUUUUACUAAUUUGUACCUAACUAUAUUUACUAAGAAAACACAUGUUUUUUACUAUAUUUUUUAAUAUUAACUACCUAAAUAUUUUAUUAAGUAUAUUAUUAUUAUUUAUCGAGGUGCCUGCUUGUUGUAUAAGUAUCUGUAUAAAAUAAUUAAUGUUAAAUUAUUACAAAUGUCUACAUUUAAAAGUUAUGUUGAUUAAAGUCAUUUUGUUGCACUGUUAUUAUUAAAAUGAAAUACAAUGUUUCA